CAUGUUUGUUUGUUAAGUACAAGCACGUAAGAUAUAAAAGGAACGUCAGUGGUUAUUGUUUGAGCAGCUCCUCAUUGAACUGGCGUCUUACUGUUGCUGAAGUGGUGAAACCAUCAGAGCUAUUUUCAAACAAUGAAGGAAGCUGUGAAGUUUUCCACCAUCAUCAGGAAUGCUGGCAUUACAGUCAUCAUCUUUUCAGUUGUUUGCUACGCAAAGAACCCGUACUGGACAUCAGAUUCUGUCUUUAAACUGGACAUGGAACCAGAUUCUGUUGAUGACCAAUUUAUAAACUGUGGAAACAAAAUAGACAAGUUGAUUAAAAAUACGAUUUUAAAAAACGAGUUAUGCUGUAAUGAAUUGUUUGAAGAUGUCUGGAAGAAAUUCCCCAAAAUUAAGGAUGAUCUUCAAAGAAUAAUAAAGGUCUACACAUUUCCAUCCUCACUUUAUUCAGAGUUCAAUAAUGCUUUGAGGUCAGGCAGAAAGAAUUAUAAUCUUAGCUGUAACUAUAAAGCCUUUCAUUUCUUGCUCACACGUGCAGUACAAAAGUAUAAAGUGACAAAUUGUACUGAUGUUUUCCGAAGAACUAAUGUUAGUUUUGCCACAAAUGGUGUUAACCGUGAAAUGCGAUUUGGCCAAUUUGCAUCAACUUCAAUUAGAGAUGAUCUUUACACCUUUGGCAAUAAAUCCUGCUUUCAGAUCAACACAUGCUAUGGUGCAAACAUAACUAAUAUGUCUCAUUUGGCUCACGAGAAAGAAGUGCUAAUCCCACCUUUUGAAAAAUUUAAUAUCACAAAAAUUGAAUAUAACCAGAGGAACUGCAGUGUCCUUUACACUCUACGGAGCACUGGGACUUUUAGUAAUAUGAACUGUGAACUUAUGAAAAGAAAAAAAAGUAGAUGGCACUUCUGUUGGCGUGUUGGUGACUAGUAGCGCUUUGUACCACACCACAAUUUUUUGGACAAUUUAUAUCUUAAUUGUCCAAAAAAUUAUGAUCUAAUCUAAUGUUCUUUACAAGUCAAAAUCAUUAUUUAAAAGGCCAGCUUAAAUUGUAAAAAAAAAAAAAAAAAAAAAAAAGCGCAUACUGUUCAAAGUGUACCAUUAUGCAUUUCGAUACUUCUUGACAUAAAACUAUGUGGUAACUGAAAAAAGUAUUAGUAAGUGCAGUAUUAUAGCAUUCAAGUAACUAAGAAAUUAAAUAUAAUGGUAUUUUGUUGAUAAGUGUAUAUGACCAAAUUUAGAUCCAGAGCAGUAUAUUUAACAUAAAUAUAUGUAAAUAUAAUAUAUGGAUAGUCUAAAUUUUUAUCACGUAUCUGGUUUGAGUGCUGUGGGUGCAAUAAAACAUUUCAUAAAUAUUAUUUUUAAUUCAAAGGGCUUAUUGGCAUUUGAAAUGUAAGCAGACAUUUGGGUUGACUAGAAGAGAGAAAAAACCACUGUGGAACAAGUGUGAUUCUACAAUGAAAAAUUAAAAUUUGAAAUGAAAAUGGUGAUCUUUAGCAAAUGUAAUUAAAUCUGUAAUUUUUUUGCUGUUUUUUUAUUUCCUACAAACUAAUACUGUACUUCUAAGUAAAUUUAGACAUCCUGAUUUUAAUGUCAUCUCACCUUAGUCAAAAAAAGAUGUCACAUGUCACAUGCAUGUGUGUGUGAAAUUAUAUGGAUGCUUUUUUACUGCUUAAUGGAUGGAUGGAAAAAUAUAAUGCUUAUUUGUUUUUUUCCACAUUUGUUCUUUUUCUGUUUUAAUAAAAG